AUGGAAGUGAUAACCGACGACCGGUUCAGCGUCAACAACCAAAUCGACUACGCCUGCGAAAAGUUGGCGAAGACAACGAACGCAAUAAGGAGAAUCAUUCCAAACGUUGGCGGUCCGAGAAGCGUCACGAGACGUCUGCUAACGAUGCUGCGAUAUGUGGUUCCGGCAUGGCGUGCGGCGCUGAAAACCGAGCGGAACUGCGAAAAGUUGAACUGGACGUUUCGACUGACGGCAGAUAUCGAGUGUUACAAUCGAAGAAACACCAAAUACGUGAUGAAGACGGUGAGAAUUGAUUCGCCGUUUGGGCACGCAGCGGAGUGUGAGAUGCAACGCGCAGAUAGAUGA